AUGUCUCAACGUCUUUAUUCGAACCCGCUUAUGAUGUACAUAGAUCCCAUGGAUUUUAUUCUGCACGUUCCUUCUGUCGCGGAGGUUGUACCCAGCGCUAAAUCGCGCAACCGAUCCUCACACUCCGCGGAAAUCAAUCUAGGUGGAGAAACUUCCGGCCCGUUCUUGUCCGGUUGGUCCCUUAUGUGCACCCCGUCCGUACGUCCAUGUCCGGAUGACUUGUCUCAGCUGGCGAUCCUUUCGGGAGGCUGUUGGAUGUCUGAUCAGGACUUGACCAGAGCCGCGAUCGAACGCGUAAGUGUCUGGAAGUGA